CAAUGUGCAUGUUUGAUGUAAGUAGUUGAGGCCUCAUUUCUGUACGUGUUUUUUCUUUCUUUUUUUCACUGUGUAAAUAAAUAUAUUUGUUGGCUGUCAGACUGUCGAAUGUCUGAUUAUCUUAUUUUAGCAGUAGGGUUUUUACCCGUACACUACUGUUCUGCUCCAAGUUGGUCACGUGUAUAGGUUUGGCGCCACCUAGUGUCAGUUCAGAGUAAAGCGCAUUUCUCAUACAGUCAGUUACUCCUCAAUAAGUAAAUUGAGUGCAUCCAUAACAUUUGAGCCUUUUUUUUUUUCGAUAUAAGUCAGAGCUGCUUGUAUGCGUAUUCUUUAGUUGUUGUAUAAUUAUUGUGAUUAUUGUUUGUUCACUGUUUUUUUUUUUUUUUUUCAGUUUUACUCCUAAUUCAUAAUGUACACCUCAAUGCCGUCUUAUUAAAAUGUCAAAGUCUAAGAUGAAUCCUGACUCUUCUGUACUUUAUGGAUGGAGUUUGGCUGACUGUUAAAUUGCAUUCGCACAUGCGGGAAGAACAGUACAGUUACACUGAGAAAACAUUUUACACUGAUCUAGGAUCAGAUUGUUUAAUGUCCAAAGACUCAUUCCAAACAUGAGCGAAAGCCCCAACACUUACCUCCGAUCAGUGUCAAAUGGUUAGCAUGUCUACACAUCAAGUGUUAAAACAAGAGGAAGUCAUCUACGGUGUAUAAGAGGAGGGGUGAUUAGAUUGACACCAUCAUACGCGUUUAACCACUCUGACUUCCUUUGUAUUAAAAUAUCGUUUGAAUUUUAGCAGACAGCAUUGCAGAGAUAAUAAAUAUAGAAUCAGCUGAACUUCUAAGUACUAAACUGACUGGAGACUCGAGUAUUGAUGAAGAUGAAGACCUCCCAUGUGCUGUGGAUCGGGAUCUUUCUGUCGGGAUUUAGGGAUUCAGAAGGAAUUGAUAUACGUGGAUAUUUCGGAAAAGGUGUCACCAUCACAUGUUCCCACAGCUGGGCUUCAACCAAUAUAAAGUAUUUCUGCAGAGCUCCAUGUAAAGACAGUACAGAUAUUUUAGUGAAAUCUGACCAGUCACCUGCAGGAAGAUACACACUGAAGGAUUCAGGAGAUGGCACCUUCACUGUGAACAUCACUGAUCUACAGGAGUCAGACUCUGGGAUUUACUGGUGCGGAGUGGAGAGAUUAGGUUAUGACUCAUAUACAGAAGUCAAACUGACAGUAUCUAAAGAUCCACGCGAAAGCAUGACUACAUCAACAGAACCAUACACAUACAUACAAACAUCCACAGAUUCACACACAGUUACACCAGAAGCUCAUUCAGAAUCAACAUCUGUAACAGCACGCAAAACCACCAGCUAUUCAAGCCCUGAUGACAUCACACUCUCACCCUCAAUAACAGCAUCUGUGAACACUACGGUAUACAUAUAUGCUGUUGGUGGUCUGCUCUUAGCAGUAAUCAUGUUUGUAGUUGGACUGAUGACUGUUCAUCAAUACAGGAAAAAAAACAAGACAUCAGAAAGCUUCACGCUGCCCAACCAAAGCAAAGAUAACAAGAAUGAAGGUGUAUAUGAGAAUGAUCUUCUUUGGACAAAAAGCACACAGGUGAAACCUAUCAACAUGACUAUGACCAGACAAGUGCAAAAGAGCCAAGAAGAUGCAGUCUACGAGAAUUCACAUGAACUUUAUGGAAAUCUCUGACCAUAGUGUUAAGCAAUGAAAUUCAGAGAACCAGUUUAAACCUGAUCGUAAUAAGAUCAAAAUCACAUUGAUUCUGUUUCUUUCCCUUUACCUUUUUAUAUAUAUAUACAUUUGUCAUUCCACUUGUAGACAAUUCCUGCUCCUGAGUUAUUUUGUAGAAUCAUAUUUCACAUGGAUGUUUGGUUGUCCCUUAGCGAAAAGUAGUAUACUUCAAGUUUAUUUUAUUAAGUUUACUUAAGUAAAGUUCAAGUAUACUUUUAAGUAUACUUUAUGUAGCAAGUAUACAAAGUGUUCUAGUGUUCUAGUAGUAUACUUGUAAGUGUACUGUUUCAAUACUCCUUGGGACUAAAUUGGCCCACUUUCUAGUAUAUAAAAUAUACUUUUAAAUAUACUUUAAGUAUAACAGUAGCAAACUUUGAGUACACAGCAAAAUCCCCAGUGUUAAUUUAACACUCUGAGUGUGGACUCAUAUAAACACUGAAGCAGUGUUAAAAGUAACACUGAAGCAGAGUUGAAGUUAAUGAGAUAAUUAAGAAGUUAAUUGAGUUAUGAUUGACCAUUAUUGAAGACACCUGAUGUUAACAAGCAGAAUCACCAAACGAGAAAAUCACAAUUUGUGUGUCACCAUUAUAGUGUUCAGUGUUUGCUUUAGCUGGGAUCUUGGCUUGUAAAUUUUUACUUUUAAAGUUUGUUUGUCAAACCAAGAGCAAAAAUCAUCACGUGUUGAUGAUUAUGUUUUAAUGUAAUCAUUGUUUGACAUGAGUCACUGAACUCAUUUACAGUGUUUUCUCAAAGUAAAACUUCCAUUAUUGAUUGUCACAGCUUUGAUUCCACAAUGAAAAAAUAUGUAUUUUCUAUACAUUUUGUAGGUAUCUCUUGCAAGUGAUUCAGAUUUUUUUUAUUUAUUUAUUAAAGAAUUCAAAUUUUAGGCACACACAGAUAACAAUAAUCAACGUAUGAAUCUCAACAACGGUGACAAACAACAUAUUCAGAUAAACAGACCAACUCUCAACAUCACAAAACUAGAUACAAAAUGAACAUAAAAACAGCAAAAAUUAAAUAUAGUUAGAUUAAAAAGUUAAAAAGACAGUUCAGCUCAUAAUUUAUUCAUGCCGCAAUGCAUGAUGGGAGCCAUGGAUGAGUUUUUAUUGGCUACAACAUGCUUUUUUGAUGGUCACCGUUGUUGUGAUGCUCACGCUGAUUCCUGAUGUCUGUGUGUCUAAACAAAAGAUUUCUUUUUUACGUAGAACUAACUAUUAAAAACAUGUCAUACUAUGUCAGAAA